AUGGCCGAUUCCAAGACGAAAAGCGAUAAGAAACCGACCAAAGCCGAAACUAAAAAGGCACCGGCAGCCCCACGGAAAUUGACAACAGCAGCAGCAUUGCUGAAAUCCAUGACGGCACGAAAGGCGGCUCAGGCGGCUUUGAGAAAGGGGGCCGCACCAACGCUUCAUGUUACUUUUGACGAGGAAGGAAAUGAACAAAAAGUGGUGAAGGAGGAGAAAAAGUCCAAGGCCAACACAAAGAAAGCCAAGAGUUCGAAAAUACCAAAGGAGACCAAAAAAGCUACUGCAGAUACCGAGGAUGAAUCAAAGGGAAAGAAGCGAAAGUCAGCAGACACAUCAGAUAACAAGGAUAACAAGGAAGAUGAUGGAAAACAACCGAAAAAACGAAAACAGAAAGGUGUUAAGAAAGCAAAGCAGUCAAAAUCUGAAGUAGAGGAUUCAAAAGCAGAGUCCAAACGUUCAGAGGCCAUUGACUAUUUAAAACAAUUCCACAACGAUCGUACAGCAUGGAAAUUCCGCAAAAUUCAGCAAGUGUGGUUAUUACAGCAUAUGUAUAAUGAGGAACAGAUGACCGAUCAAGAAUUCGAUAUGUUACUAGAAUACCUGAAAGAUCUCCAAGGAUCAGCUCGCGCGAAAACACUCGAAGAAGCGCAAAAAGUGUUUCAGGAAGCGACCGGAACGAGUCAAAACCUGACGAGUUAUGCUCAAGUGGAUACGGUGAUGGAUGAUGACGAUGAUUUUGACGCCGAAAAGCUGUUGGCAAAAGCAAGCAUGGCCGCACCUGCAGCUUCCACUGCGGAGGCUGCAACCACGCAAGAGGACUGUAAAACGAAGCGUGCAAAAGCAAUUGUACGAAUUUUGGCAUAA